GUGACCUAUGCAAAGUUGGUCAUGUGACCUAGCCAGCGACAGAUUCACACUUUCCCGUCAGUCCAUGGAUGGAAGACGCUUAUUUGAUUAAAGGCUGAACUUGUUCCCUUUGCAAUAGAAAUAACAGUGAACAUGAGGCUGUGUGGGGAAACUCUGAGUUUCCUGUUACUGUGGGCCUGUCUGGACUCUGCACACUCGCGGCGCUGCUCGUCGUUUUUCUGCCGAAAAUCUCACCGUGUCAGCGGCCUGAAUGGAGCCGACCCCGGGUCUCCCCUCUUUCUCACUCCUUACCUGGAGAAGGGCGCCAUAGAUGAAGCCAGGAAACUAAGUCAAGUGGGAGAUCUGCCAGGUGCCAACGUCAAGAGCUAUGCCGGGUACCUCACUGUCAAUAAAAAAUACAACAGCAAUUUCUUCUUUUGGUUCUUCCCUGCACUGAUGGCAAGCCAAGACAAAGCACCAGUCCUGCUCUGGCUGCAAGGCGGACCUGGUGGCACCUCCAUGUUCGGUCUCUUUGUGGAACAUGGACCAUAUGUGGUGUACAAAAACUUGACUGUUGGUUUGAGGAAUUACACUUGGACAUCGAGAUAUUCAGUUUUGUACAUUGACAAUCCAGUCGGAACAGGCUUCAGCUUCACUGAGGAUGACAGAGGUUUUGCUCAGAAUCAGGAUGAUGUUGGCAGAGAUCUGUACAGUGCUUUAACCCAGUUUUUCCAGCUCUUUCCUGAGUAUCAAUCCAAUGAGUUCUAUGCAACUGGGGAGUCGUAUGCAGGGAAGUAUGUUCCUGCCAUUUCUUAUUACAUCCAUAAAAACAACCCCACUGCCAAAGUGAAAAUUAACCUCAUAGGGAUGGCUAUUGGUGACGGGCUCUGUGAUCCAGAAAUGAUGCUUGGUGGUUACGGUGAGUUCCUGUACCAAACGGGCAUGAUAGAUGAACUCCAAAGGCAGUACGUCAUCCAGCAGACAGACUUAGGGGUUAAACUCAUCCACCAGCAGAAGUGGGUGGAGGCUUUUCAGGUUUUUGAUAGCUUGCUGAACGGUGACGUGGAACCAUAUCCGUCCUUCUUCCAAAAUGCUACAGGCUGCACCAACUACUUCAACUACAUGACAUGUCAGGAACCUGAAGACCAGGAGUACUUCUCCCAGUUUGUGACUCUGCCAGUGGUGCGACGCGCCAUCCAUGUGGGGAACCUGACGUUCAACAACGGCUCGGAGGUGGAGAAGCAUCUUCUGGAGGAUGUCAUGAAGAGCAUAAAACCGUGGCUGGGGGUGCUGAUGGACAACUAUAGGGUCUUAAUGUACAGUGGUCAGCUGGAUGUCAUUGUAGCAGCCCCACUGACUGAGAGGUUCCUGCCUACUGUCAACUGGACCGGGGCUGCCGAGUACAAAACAGCCCCUCGCUUUCACUGGAAGGUUCAGCCCAGCGACACAGAAGUGGCAGGUUACGUGAGACAAGUGGGAGAGUUUUACCAGAUAAUCAUCCGAGGGGGAGGGCAUAUUCUGCCCUAUGACCAGCCAGCGAGGUCCUUUGAUAUGAUUGACCGAUUCCUUUCAACACGAGGCUGGAUAUGAAGCGUUUCAGCACUGAUUAAAGCACCUCCACCUCAGAGAGCAUAUUGGUGAUUAUUGAAUCUUGAUUGUCUCAGGCGAUGUUGGAUUCGUACAUGAGUCUGCAGCUGAUUUUAUUAUUAUUUUGAAUUAAAAUUAGGUGAAAAUUAAAUGGCAGUUUUCAGAUUAUCAGGAGUUUCUAUGAAAAUCAUUGUUUUGCUUGAUUUUGUUGAUUUGUGCAAGGAAACCGUAAUAGCUUAUGGUGCAUUCAAUCACUACACGUUUUGGAGAGGAAAUGUAAAGAAUGAACCACAGCUGAUUUGUCUUGAAAUAAAAUGUUUUGUUUUUCUAAA